AUGACUAAAGCUAACGAGUCAGUACCCGCACUGGUUAAGGUGGCGAUGAUGGUGGGGGCGGUGGCAGGGACCUCUCUUGCCGUGUACAACAACCGAGAUCGGAUCCUUGAAACGGCAGAACAGCUCUUGGAGCUCGGGGCUCAGUACUGUCGGGAGAAGUUGGAAGAGUCACGCCAACAGCGGAUGGCGGCAGUCCCCAUGGAGGUCUCUGACGAGUUCCAUGCCGCCGACGAAAAGGACGUCAAGGCGCGUACGCUGGCGACGGACUACGACGACGACUUUGACGAGCCGUCGACUCCUGAUCCUCUGGACGCGGAGAUCUACGACGACGCGUUGGACUUGGACUAG